GGGGUGGAGCUGCGUCAGUUUCGGCGGGUAGUUUGUUGGCGGAGUGCUGUCCGGCGCCAUGGCGCGCCGCGGCCUGUGGAGCAACUGGAGCCCGCCCGCCGCUCCCUGACUCUCUCUCUCUCCCCCCCUCUCCGGCAGGCCCACUCAGCGUCUCGUAAGUUACCAGGAUGGCAACGUUGGAAAGCUUAUCGAAAGAUUCGUUCAAUUUGCAUCAAAAUGGUCAGUUGAAGAAUGAUUCUGGUAAAGAAAACAAAGAUAGUCACAAACUUUCAACGGAGAUUAAAAUGGAUAUUGAGAAACUCUAUGAAGCAGUACCUCGCCUAUCAAGUUUUUUUUUCAUUGAAGACAAAAUUGGUGAAGGUACAUUCAGUUCUGUCUAUUUGGCUACUGCUCAGUUAAAGUCGGGAAAAGUAGAGAAGUUUGCACUAAAACAUUUAAUUCCCACAAGCCAUCCAGUGCGCAUUGCUGCUGAACUUCAAUGUCUGACAGUUGCUGGGGGUGAAGACAAUGUAAUGGGAGUUAAAUACUGCUUGAGGAAGGAUGAUCACGUGGUUAUUGUAAUGCCAUAUCUGGAGCAUGACUCCUUUUUAGACCUUCUGAGUUCAAUGAAGCUGGACGAUGUGAGAGAGUACAUGUAUAAUUUACUAAAAGCGUUGAGACGUAUUCAUCACUUUGGCAUCAUUCACCGUGACAUUAAGCCAAGCAACUUCCUGUACAAUGGAUGUCUGAAAAAAUAUGCCUUAGUGGACUUUGGUUUGGCCCAAGGUACACCUAACACUAAAAUUGAGCUUCUGAAAGUAGUAAGAACAGAAGACCAACAGAAAAGUUGCUUAAAGACUAAAUCGGCUACCAGCUCUGGGAUCAAGCAUCCUCCUAGCCAAACGACAAGUAAAGCCUUGGUUCAACACAGUGCUGAGAAGCAGCCCAUCAAAAGACCCUGGCCCCCCACACAGGCUAAACCUGGAAAGGGGGAAUCAUCAGUUCCACGUUCUGUUUUUGGGGAAAGAAGUAUGAAUGUUCGUAACACUGGGAUUUUUGAGGGAGCAAGUGUGAAGCCAGCAAGAUCUAUUAAGACUGCAGAUAUAACCUCGAGGAAAAUAUUAGUGGCAAAACGUAAAGCAGGGCCAUCAAAGAAUACUUCAAGUUGUUUAAUCCGGAAGUCUAGCGUUUGUCCAUCUAACCUGACAUGUGAUUGUUACACCACGGACAGGAUAUGCAGUGUUUGUUUCUCAAGACGUCAUCAAGUUGCUCCAAGAGCAGGUACUCCAGGAUUCCGAGCUCCAGAAGUCUUAAUGAAGUGCCCACACCAGACUUCAGCUAUCGACAUGUGGUCUGCAGGCGUUGUAUUCCUGUCCUUGUUGAGUGCCCGGUAUCCAUUUUUCAAAGCCAGUGAUGAUUUAACUGCAUUGGCACAGAUAAUGACUAUUCGUGGAUCGAAGGAAACCGUCCAGGCUGCCAAAUUAUUUGGUAAAGCCGUGUCAUGCAGCAAGGAAUGUCCAAAAUUGGAUUUGAGGACUCUGUGUGAAAGACUCCGAGGAACACACUGCUUCAGUAAACGAAAAUCAAGUCAAAAGAGUGAGUUAAUGGAUUGUUCACAUAUCUCUGGCACGGUGCCAGCUCCAGAUGCAAAGGAUGAGGGAACAAAACAAACUGCUUCUUUGUCAUCCAUACAAGAGGUUCAAAACCAAGCCAGAAAGGUAACGCAGGAUGUCGAGUGGAACUCUGUCAAAGGCAAAGCUAAAUCAUCAGAUGUGAAGAACUGGUGUGCAGUUUCAGAUCUCGCCUAUGACCUUCUCGAUAAACUUUUAGAUUUGAACCCAGCCACCAGAAUAACUGCAGAAAUGGCUUUGGAGCACCCGUUCUUUGAAGGCAUCUAACUGGUGUUACGAUAUUUUGCGAUCUGUGUUGCAUUUGUGGAUUAUCACAGAUGUACAGAACAAGGCAUUCAGAAUUUUCUACUAAACUAACCAGCCUCUUUUUUUUAGAUCGGAUUUUUUUCAUUUUCUCAACCACAUUAGUGAGCAUUGUUGUUACCAAUCCUCUUUCUUCAAACCUCGCAAAACAGUCCCCAUUUCUCAGGAAAAUUUUGUGUUUUGAUGUAAGUAAUCUUGUAUUCUCUGUGUCCUCUGAGUUUGAUUGUCAAUCAUUUUAUUAAAAGGCAUGGAAGGAAUGCCAUUAGUGAUAUUAUUUAAUUUUUAUUUUCUUCUCCAAAACUUCAAUAUCAAACAAUAUUCCAACAGAGGAAACAAGAAAGGCUGAUAACAUGAUUAGUGUAGCUGACAAUCUGGAUUGACUGAUUUUCCAAGUCUACACAAAUGUUGCUGAAGCAUUUGGGUGUGAAAUUCAUGAGAAAAUUGAUGUCAAUUCUAUCUGAAAACCCUUUAGAAUGUGUACCCCUUUGUCACCAAAAGCACUGAAAUGUCUUGUCUACCAUUUGACUUUUUCUGUUUGCUCUUUAUACCUUUUAUUACAAAGCAAAGCUCUUCAAUGAAAAUAUGUGGCUGUCAUGCCUGUCGCUUGUGGUAUUUAUUGCAUUUUUCAUCACAUCAGUUUUUUGAUGUGAUAUUUAUUGAGGGUUGCAACAAUGUGAUCUGAUCUACACCAAAUGCAGAAUGAACUGAAGAUUUUGUUAAAUAAUGGUUGCAAUGUAGAAGUGGAUCAAAUGGAUCACGUUUACUUCUGAACUUUUGGUGAUUAUCAUUAUGGUCACCCUUAAGGUGUUUGUUUAAAUAUGCCUUUUUUAAUUUGGAAGACUUAUUUUUGACUUUUUAUGGCGUAUAGAUUUGAACAAAAGAUCAAACUGUUUAUUUCAGAUACACAUUCCAAAAACAUUAAAAUAUAUGAAAAUGC